AAAGGAACGGCGUCCGGGAGCGGACUGUCCUCCUCCUCCUCCUCUCGCUCUCGACCCCGGCUUCGGAGCGCCAGGAGCCGCCAGACCAUGUCGACCAUGGAGAAACACCUGUUCAACCUCAAGUUCGCGGCCAAAGAACUGAGCCGGAGUGCCAAGAAAUGCGACAAGGAGGAAAAGGCCGAGAAGGCCAAGAUCAAGAAGGCCAUUCAGAAGGGCAACAUGGAAGUGGCGAGGAUACACGCGGAAAAUGCCAUCCGCCAGAAGAACCAGGCCGUGAAUUUCCUGAGAAUGAGUGCGCGGGUCGACGCGGUGGCCGCCCGAGUCCAGACGGCGGUGACGAUGGGCAAGGUGACCAAGUCGAUGGCGGGCGUGGUGAAGUCGAUGGACGCGACGUUGAAAACCAUGAACCUGGAGAAGAUCUCUGCCCUGAUGGACAAGUUCGAGCACCAGUUUGAGACGCUGGACGUCCAGACGCAGCAAAUGGAGGACACGAUGAGCAGCACGACGACGCUGACCACUCCCCAGAACCAAGUGGACAUGCUGCUGCAGGAGAUGGCCGACGAGGCCGGCCUCGACCUCAACAUGGAGCUGCCUCAGGGCCAGACGGGCUCCGUGGGCACCAGCGUGGCCUCGGCCGAGCAGGACGAGCUCUCCCAGCGGCUGGCCCGCCUGCGGGACCAGGUGUGACUCCGGAGCCGCUCGGCCCGCGCCUGGUUCAGGGCCGCCGCCGCCUGCGAAGCUCUCUUCCGAGAGAUGCCUGCCAACCGGAGAUUCUGGAUCCACCGGAGUGCGGAGAUGCCCUUUAUUUAAUACGCGUCGAUCCUGGGGCUCCCAGCCAUCUCUAAAAUUCCAGGCUUUCUUUGCUCUCGACUGAAUUUUAUAGUUCCGUAUCGCUUGUGAUGAUGUGUAUUUUUAUAGCUGCCUUUGACAGAACUGCUUAGUUUGGGGGACUCUAGAUCUAAGCAAUUGGUCAGAACUCGUUUCCGUGUCCUCCGUUGUAUGCCCAGAAUUAUCCAAUUGAAGGCCUGUGUCUUUUUUUCAUGUUGAUUGAUAAUGAAAAGAUUAACAGGCGGUGCAUAAAAAUGUAGAGGGAGGGAGAUUACUUAUUUUGAUUACGUGGCUAUGAAUUCUAAACGCCUCAUACUUAAAUAAAUAGUUCUGUUUUUCUAUGUGUUUUGUUUGUUUUGCCACCAAAGUGAGACUGCAAUUUGGCCUCUAGCAUUUUUACUAAAAUGACCUUAACACAUUUUUGCACAGUACUCUCACUGUUUACAUUCUGUAAAUUUGUUUCCAUGCAAUAAAAAGCUAGGUGGGUUCGUUGUACAUACCUGGAAAUGAAAAUGCCACAUAGUGUCUGCAUUUUUGCUAUCUUAUAUUUUCUGUUUACCAAAUCGUGGUUUUGAAAUAUACUUGUUUCUUUCAAAUGAGCUUAACAUUUGUUAUUUCAAAUGAGCUACGUGUUUUGACUUAUUUUCCUAUUUCAAUCUGGCUAAAUUAGAUUUCUUAUAAUUACCAUGUUCAGUCAUGUUACUUGCUCUAAUAUUGCCAAAGAACUGUUGAUUGAUUGGGGAAAAUCCUGGGACUGUGUUUGUUUUUUGUUUUGUUUCUACCAACCAAAAAUAGAAAUAAAAUUAAAACUGUAUCUAA